CUUCCUCGUAAAUCAGUGUACACCAAAGCAACAGAUGAGAGUGUUUUUGAUAUAAAUUUACUUGAUCCUGACACAGAUACUCUACGUGCAAUACGUAAAACAGUUGCACAAGAAAUGAAGGAGAUGAAGGAGCUUGAUGUUCCUUUGUCAUAUGUUAUGUUUGAAAGGGAAGCCAUGGUUCACAUGAAGGAAUUAAAAAGAACGGUUAAUGUCUUAAAACUGGAAGAAGGUUUUGACUUAGGAAGAAGACUAAAAAUGAAUGAGUAUGCUGUUAAAAAUGCUCUGAAAUACUUCAAUAAGAAUAGCAUCAUGUUGUUUUUCGAAGAUAUAGGCCAAGGGCUUGUAAUUCUGGAUCAAAACACCCUCAUUGACUUCGUGAAUAGUGUUAUAUUCUUCAGCUAUGAGGCUACAAAAGAGGAUGAAGGUCCAAUACUUAUAGGUAGUGUGAGAGAUUCUCUUAGCAAAGGAUUGAUUACAGAAGCAAUUUUAAAAAGAAUGCAACAUAUAUUUGUUCCUGAAAUAUUUGAAGCUCGUCAUGCUAUUAAAGUCUUUGAAAAUCUCUAUAUCAUUGCUAAGAAUUCGGAAAAUGACUAUAUCAUGAUGUGCUUGCUUCCACGAUUAUCUGUAAAGGAGUUAGAGUCAAGGAAGCUGGUUUUCACGACGUGUCACCCAGUGCAGCCACUAAGACUAGACUUUGGCAUUGGUGAUCCCCCUAAAUGGCAACAAUACUGCUCUCCCAGUGGUUGUUUUGGCAGCACUAUUGCUUGCCUCAUUACCGACUUCAAUUGGGGAAUAUACUGUACUGAUGUUUUAUAUCACGAAGUUCCAGUGUGCUUUUAUCAUGACAUGGCUAUACUUUGUCCGAAAGAUCUAAGCUUAGAAGUAACUCUCGUCAACAAGACCAAGUAUUUUGAGGUCUAUGUAGGUGUAGAUCCAGACAAUAAAGAUGAAUACAAGAAGCUUCCUGCAAUUAGAAGUGAAAUAAAAGAAGCAGUUGGAAAAGUUUUAAAAACAAUGAAGGUUAACCUCAGUGUUGCAGAAGGGUUUGAGUGUGACUGUGAGAACACCAAAUACCUUAAAACAAAUCAUGCUAGGUGCAAGUGUGGGCUGAAGGAGGAAUGUGAAAGUCUUUGGAUUAAAGCUGAACCAGCAUUAAUGAAGUACCCGGUUGAGGCACAGAACCAAGGAGGAGAACUGGUAUGCAUGCGUCAGUUAAAAAGACUAAAAACAGAUAAUGGGGAUGUAAGGAUUGUGGAGAAAAGUGCAGAGCUCUAUAAGAACAUUGGAACCAAGCUUCUUACUACUGCGUUGGUUGACUCAAUAUCAGAAGUAGCAAAUGAAGACCCCAAAAAAGCAAUAAGAUUGAUAUACAAAAGAUGGAUACGUACAGACGAAGGUCACUCGUGGAGAAAACUAACACAAUGUUUCAAAGAUGUUGGGCUUCAUUCUCUUGCCCGGGACCUUGAAAACCACUUUGGGCUUCCUUCACUUUCCGAGACCCCCCUCUCUCCUACCUCCUCUGCCCCCACUACUGCUCCUACAGCCACUUCUACCACCACUCCUACCACUGUUCCUACCACCGCUCCUGCCACUGUUCCUACCACCACUCCUGCCACUGCUCCUACCACCACUCCUGCCACUGUUCCUACCACCACUCAUACCACUGCUCCUACCACCACUCCUGCCACUGUUCCAACCAAUGCUCCUACCACUGCUCCUGGUCCUCCUCCUAGUCCUGGGCAGGUAAUGCUGCAUGACCUGAUAAAACUAUCAACAUCAAAGGGACAUAUCAGAAUAGUGGAAGAGAGUGCAGUGAAAUUCAUGGACAUUGGGGUCUUCUUACUGAGAGAUCGUACCGGGGCAGUUGUCCGUGGAAUAGCAAAGACUGCACGUGGUGAACAACUUGAAGCUGCUAGAAUGAUAUACGAAAAAUGGAUGCAAGAAGAUAAAGGUCACUCGUGGAAGAAACUGAUCAAGUGUUUCAGAGAUGUCCAACUGAACUCUCUUGCCACAGACCUUGAGCUACACUUUGGACUCCCUUCACCUUCCGACAGAGGAAACGAAGGCAGAAGCACACAAGAAGCUGUAACUGGUAAUAAUGCUGACAAAGAGGCACAACAGGAAGGAAGUGAAGAGACUCAAGACCUACCCUCACCUUCUAACACCAAUGGAAGCCAGGGCGAAAGCACACAGGAACCCUUGACUGGGCAAAGAGGUGGCGUGAAAAGGAGAAGAAGUGAAAAAGACCAGAAGUCACAUGCAAACCCAAAGGGACAAAGAGGUGGUGUGAAAAGGAGAAGAAGUGAAAAAGAGAAGAAAUCACAUGCAAACCCAAAUGUUCCCCCCACCUCCCAGCCUCCCCUCUCUGUCUCCACAGCUCCUGCCUCCUCUACCACUGCCACCACUACUACCAACACUCCUGUGUCAGAGUGUUUCAUAGUCUCCUAUCCAAUUGCCUCUGUUCCCUCUCUCUCCCUGUACUCUUCUACUACCAUCACUCCUGUCAGCCAAUCUUUCUCUACCUCCUCCACUGCUGCUAGUGUCUCCACAGCUCCUCAUCCUGUCUCCUCCAGUCCUGCAAUCGAGUGUUCCUCUACCUCCUCCACUACUGCCACAGCUGCUAUUCCUCUCUCCUCCACUGCUAGCACAACUCAUGGUGACGGUGUCUGUCGACCCACUCUACAAGAGCUACUUCGUCUGGAAAUCCCUGAGGGAAUUGCCACAAGCUACACUACAUUCGGAACUUUCCUCCUCAAUGACGAGACGGGGGAUAAAGUGGACGUCAUCGAGGACAAGUACUGCGGUAAUCCAAAGAGGAUUUGUCGCAGCAUUCUGGGGGAGUGGCUCAGAGGAAAGGGACUACUUCCCGUGGCGUGGGAGACUCUGGUCAAGGCUCUCAGAGACACCAAACUUUUUGCUCUCGCAGACAAAGUCCAGGCCGAAAAAUUUUAACCACCCAUGUUUUGUACACCACAUCUCUAUACCGCACUCACUUUCUUCUCAUCCUAUACC